AGCAGUUGAGCAGCACACUCGGUGAAUUGUGUGUAUGUGCCAUAGACGUAUGAAAGGGUGAUGCCCGAUAGCGCCCCCUAAGCUAACCUUUGUCGAUUGAUCUGACUAUCCAUACACCAGAGGUGCGAAUCUCCUGGACUACUUCAUAGCUUGUGGGCAUCUCCCAGGGAGCAGGGGAUUACUGUUGCUGUGAUGCCUUCACUCUGGCAAGAGCUUGCCGGAGGUACUGCAGGCGGGGUAAUCGGAAUGACGGUGGUCUACCCGUUAGACACCAUAAAGUCCAGACUGCAGACUUCUGGACGCUCGAGAUACUCGAGCAUCUCGAACGUACUCACAUCGAUGGCGAGAAAAGAAGGGACGUUGUCCCUAUACCGGGGCCUUCUCUCUCCGGUCGUUGGCUACGGAGCUAUGUUCGCUGUGUCAUUUUCCUCCUACGGCUACGCCGGCAGGUUUCUACUACGGCGGAGAGAGGCGAAAGCAACCGACGAGCUGACCCUCCCUGAAAAGGGAAUCGCUGGGGCGUGGGCUGGCGUAAUGAACGCUCCUAUGCGACAGGUGUUCGAGAGGGUCAAGGGAGUCAUGCAGGUGCGGCAAGGAAAGAAGCUGCAAUCGCCGUACUCCUGGAGCGGGGCUUGCGUUGUGGACCUUGUGCGAAGGGAGGGUGUUGCCAUGGGGCUAUGUCGGGGCAUGGGAGCGACCAUGCUCAGGGAGCCCCUUCAGUUCGGCAUCUACUACCCAUCGUAUGAGAUUGCCAAGGACUACCUCUUGCCUCCGGACCGGACAAGCACGGCGGUGCCCGAGCCGAUGCUUCUGGCCCUGGCGGGGGGGCUAGCGGGGUGCGUGAUGUGGCUCCCACCGACCUACUGCCUAGACGUGAUCAAGACGAGGAUGCAGACGGCGGAGCCUGGGGUGUACCGUGGAGUGCGGGACUGCUUGAUGAAGACCCUGAGGGCGGAGGGCAUGCCGGUGCUGUUCAGGGGGCUGGGAGCGGCCAUGCUGCGCGCGUUCCCGAUGCACGGCCUCGUGUUCCUUGGCUACGAGACCACCAUCGACCUGUUGGGUGCCCGGCCGCGGUCCUCCUGCAGCCCAACGAGCGUCAACACGUCAUUGGUUAAGCAGGUCCUGGAGUAGUAGGCGAAAGAGAUGACCCUAGUCGGGGCAGGCCGCAAUAUACACCGUGUCGAGAUGUAGAUUUUUCUUGUGGGACUUGCCUCUCGCGCAAGUUGUUGGGCUUUUUGUUUUUGUGUGGAUGUUUAUGGUGGUACUCGAUGUUAUUGAAGUCUGCGCUUUCAGUCUGAUGGAGGAGGAUGUUCUGGAGGUCUGUUCUCAGUCUGGUGGAGGAGGCUGUUUUGGAGGUCUGUGCUCAGUGUGACGGAGGAUGAAUUUCCUCUGGUAUGAUCGAACGGCUGGUAUUCGGGGGAAUGCAUAUAUUUUCAGGAAGAGACGAUAGUAACUAUGUCCCUUGCGCACCCAAUUUCUAUUGCGUUCUUAACCUGCCUUAACCUGCCUGGCGGAU